ACUUCCGGUAAAGUUGGCGCUUGCGCAGAAGAGCCUCCCGGGCUUUUAACUUCGGGUAUCGAGAGUUUCUUUCCGGAGCAAGGACCCCCAAGACGGAAGAGGAUGGCCGCGGCGGCUCUGAGGAGAUUUUGGUCCCGGCGCCGCGCAGAGGCGGGCGACGCUGCAGCGGCGAAGCCGGGAGUGUGGGCGCGGCUGGGGUCUUGGGCCCGCGCGCUGCUCCGGGACUACGCCGAGGCCUGCAGGGACGCGGCGGCGGAGGCUAGUGCCCGGCCGGGGCGCGCGGCCGUGUAUGUGGGGCUGCUGGGCGGCGCGGCGGCCUGCUUCACGCUGGCGCCGAGCGAGGGUGCUUUCGAGGAGGCGCUGCUGGAGGCGUCGGGGACCCUCCUGCUGCUGGCGCCGGCCACCCGCAACCGCGAGUCCGAAGCCUUCGUGCAGCGGCUGCUCUGGCUGCGGGGCCGUGGCCGCCUGCGCCACGUCAACCUAGGGCUCUGCUCCCUGGUGUACGAGGCGCCCUUCGACGCCCAGGCCAGCCUCUACCAGGCGCGCUGCCGCUACCUGCAGCCCCGCUGGACCGACUUCCCCGGCCGGGUCCUGGACGUGGGCUUCGUGGGUCGCUGGUGGGUGCUGGGGGCCCGGAUGCGCGACUGCGACAUCAACGACGACGAAUUCCUGCACCUGCCGGCGCAUUUGCGGGUGGUCGGGCCCCAGCAGCUGCAUUCCGAGACCAACGAGCGGCUCUUCGAUGAGAAGUACAAGCCUGUCGUGCUCACCGACGAUCAGGUGGACCAGGCGCUGUGGGAGGAGCAGGUCUUGCAGAAGGAAAAAAAGGACAGGCUCGCCCUGAGCCAGGCCCACUCGCUGGUGCAGGCGGAGGCCCCGAGAUGAAACCCUGAGGCCCCCGAGUCCUGGCAAACUGCUUGCCUGGGGUAGUGCAGCUGUGAGUGUGCCUCACCUGCAGAACAACUGAGACAGAUGAUGUGCGAAGUGUUUUCUCACUGGAUUUGCGCAAGUUUGGGAGCCUUUCUGCCCCCCGUCUUUGUUCUUUAUUAGCUGAAGCUAAUUCCGAGCCACCUUGGUCCAGGAGUUGGGACAGCAGAACGACUUGACACAUGUUCAUCACUGGCAGAGCUGGUCAUGAGCCUUUUAUAUAAGCCUUUUUCAUUGGGCCUCAGAGGCCCUCCUUAAGGAGGUACCACAGUGGUCAGGUGACUUGCAAACUCUUCUAAGACCACUUAGAUUCUCUUUUUAAAGUUUGGGUUGUGGCCUGGCGUGGUGAUGCACGUCUGUAAUCCCAGCAUUUUCCAAAUUGAGGCAAGAGGAUCGCUUGAGGCCAGCCCGAGUAACAUAGCAAGACUCCGACGCUACAAAAAAAGAAUAAUAAUUAACUAAAUAAAAUUUGAGCUGAAAUGUUUUUAUUCU